AUGUCAACAUCAGUAUCUACCACCGCGGCGACAGCGCUGUCAUCGUCGUUGUCGCUGUCGCCGUUGUCGUCGUAUACGGGGACAAGUACAGGGCGACAUACAACUUUCGGCUUCACCAUUCCCACCGCCACCGCCGGGACAAAUGUAGGAGACACGGGCAGUGGUACGGAUCAGAUGGGAGGAGGCAUGGAUAUGUCGUCGAUGUCAGGGAGUGGCAGCGGUAGUGAUUGUGAGGUUUCGAUGGUCUGGAACUGGAACACCCUCAACACCUGCUUCCUGUCCUCCACCUGGCAAAUCCACAGCCACUCCGCCUUCGCCGGCCUCUGCAUCGGCGUCGUCCUCCUCGUAAUCCUCCUAUUCCUCCUGCGCCGCCUCACCACCUUGUACGACCGCUACCUGAUCGCCCAGCACCAACAGCACCAACAGCACCAGCACCAAUACCAGCACCAAAAAGCAGGAGGCAGACCUUCAUCGUCCGAGUCCGAGUCGCCGCACCAUACCCUUUUGGCUGCCAAGGAAAGCCAUCAUCCUGAUACUACUGCUGCUGGUCCUGCUAUUGGCAACGUGACCACCCCCGGCGCCGGUUCAGGCUUGUUAAUGAACGCAAACGCAAACGCAAACGCACCACCCUUCCGCCCCAACAUCUACCAGCAGGCGACGCGCGCGCUGCUGCACACGCUGCACUUCGCGGUGGCUUACUGGAUCAUGCUGCUGGCGAUGUACUACAACGGGUACAUAAUCCUGUGCAUCAUCUUGGGGGCGUACGUUGGGUUUUUCUUGUGUCAGUGGGAGGGUUUGGGCACGGGGAUGGGCUUUGGUGCUGCUGAUGGGGUAAGAGAUAGCACUGGUUGUCAUGGAUAA